CCCUGAUGAAGGUGAUUGAGUGGCCGGCGCCUCCGGGCCCCACAGAGUAUAAUUUCUCCACCAGUCCAUUGACCACAGAGUUCCAGCUGCUGUUCCCACGUGGCGCCUAUUAUGUUGGAGAAUAUGUAGAAGUUCUCAUCACAGCGCGGGACCACGGGGGCCGACCAAAAGCCUACGGAGGGGAUUACUUUCAGGCCAAACUGCACUCCCCAACGCUGAAAGCAGGAGUAACCGGCUCAGUCACAGACCAUAGGAACGGCACCUACACGGCCUCCUUCCUGCUGCUCUGGCCGGGGCAAGUGGAGAUCUCCAUAAGGCUUGUCCAUUCCAGUGAGGCCAUAGCCGUCCUCAAAGACAAGAGGGAGACGCGUCCUGACAAGGUGUCAAACUGCUCCAACAAGGCUAGUUGA